AUGUCGACUUUCGGUGACUACUUCCGAGUAACCACGUAUGGAGAAUCACACUGUCGCUCAGUCGGCUGCAUCGUCGACGGAUGUCCUCCGGGCAUGCAAUUGACUGAAGACGACAUCCAACCCCAGAUGACCCGAAGACGACCAGGACAAUCUGCACUAACGACUCCCCGAAACGAGAAGGACAAGGUAGAAAUCCAAUCAGGAACGGAGUUUGGAGUAACGCUCGGAACUCCCAUUGGUCUCGUUGUACGCAAUGAAGAUCAGCGACCAAAAGACUAUGGCGGCCAGACAAUGGACCUCUACCCCCGACCCAGUCACGCGGAUUUCACUUAUCUGGAGAAAUAUGGAGUCAAGGCGAGCAGUGGUGGUGGCAGGAGUAGUGCGAGAGAGACCAUCGGGAGAGUUGCCGCUGGCGCUAUCGCAGAGAAAUACCUAUCACUAGCACAUGGAGUUGAGAUCGUCGCCUUCGUCACAUCUGUAGGAUCAGAGCAUCUCUUCCCACCCACCGUCGAGCACCCAACGCCAUCAACGAACCCAGAUUUCCUAGCCCUGAUCUCCAAGAUCACGAGGAAACAAGUCGACUCAUUCGUCCCCGUGCGCUGCCCUGAAGCAGGAGCCACAGAGCGCAUGACGAAAGUAAUUGAGAAAUUCCGCGACGCAAGCGACAGCAUUGGCGGUACCGUCACCUGCGUGAUCCGGAACUGUCCGAUCGGCCUCGGCGAACCCUGCUUCGACAAGCUAGAAGCCUCGCUCGCACACGCGAUGUUAAGCAUUCCCGCGACCAAAGGGUUUGAAAUUGGCUCGGGCUUCGGCGGCUGCGAGGUCCCGGGCUCGACGCACAAUGAUCCUUUUGUCAAAGCGCCUGUCAUCGAUGCCAACGGAAAGAAGACCAACCGCUCGAAACUCGUCACCAAGACAAAUAACUCCGGCGGUAUUCAGGGCGGCAUCUCCAACGGUCAGGACAUCUACUUCCGCGUUGCAUUCAAACCGCCUGCCACGAUCGGUCAGGCCCAACAGACUGCUACCUAUGAUGCCGAGGAGGGCACUUUGGAGGCCAAGGGAAGACACGAUCCGUGUGUGGUGCCUCGUGCUGUGCCCAUUGUUGAGGCCAUGUCUGCAUUGGUGGUGAUCGACGCGCUUAUGGCUCAGCAGGCGAGGGAAACUGCAAGGAGUCUGCUGCCACCAUUGAAGACCACCUUGCCCACCAAGGAGACGGGGACGUCAGCCACGCCUGAGAAGAUUGCUAAACACCUCAAUGGGACCGCCAGUUGA